CGAUGGAUGAUCCCCUCCGUCAUUGCUUUCCUGUGGAUAUGUUUCCUGACACCUAUACGUCUUAUUUGGAUUGCUCUUCACUGUUUGUCAGUGGUGGAACCACCCAAGUAACUGGUUCUCGGGGAUCCACAGAGACUCAAUCAGAAUCUUCAUAUCAAACACCUUCUGCUUCAACGCAUCUACUGCUCAAAUACCAGUGGAAACCACCCUGCUGCUGCUGAGAGAGAGGUGUGCAGAGAGGAGGCAGCGGCCAUGGAAUCCUGCGGUGAUCAGUUCGAUGUCGUCGUCGUCGGCGCGGGGAUCAUGGGAAGCUGCGCGGCCUACGAGGCGGCCAAGCGCGGCUGCAGGGUGCUGCUCCUGGAACAGUUCGACUUCCUCCACCAGCUGGGCUCCUCGCAUGGCGAGUCGCGCACCAUCCGCGCCACCUACCCGGAGGAGUACUACCCGCCGAUGGUCCUCGAGGCGCACCGCUUGUGGGAGGCGGCGCAGUCGGAGGCGGGCUACCGGGUGCUCACCAGAACCCCCCACUUCGAUAUGGGCCCUGCCGAUAACAGGAGCCUCCGGUCUGCUAUCGCCAGCUGCGAGCGGCAGAGCUCGGUCAACGUGCGCCUUCUCGAUCGAGCCGCGGUCGACGAGAUGUUCUCCGGCACGUUCCGGCUGCCCGAGGGGUGGAUCGGGGUCCGAAGCGACGCCGGAGGUGUCAUCAAGCCGACCAAGGCGGUGGCCAUGUUUCAGGCCCUGGCCAUACGACGAGGGGCUGUUCUAAAGGAUCACAUGGAGGUGACAGGGAUCAAGAAGGACGAGGAAGACAGAGGCGUACGGGUGUCCACCGCCACCGGCGACAGCUUCCUGGGGAAGAAGUGCGUGGUCACGGUGGGACCUUGGACGAGCAAACUGGUGAAAGCAGUCAGCGGCCAUGUCUUGCCCAUCCACCCUCUCCACACCACCAUCUGCUACUGGAAGAUCAAGGAAGGGCACGAGCACGAGAUGACGCCGGAGGGAGGCUUCCCCACCUUCGCCAGCUACGGCGAAAUCUACGUCUACGGGACGCCGUCGAUGGAGUUCCCGGGACUGAUCAAGAUCGGGCUGCACGGCGGCCGUCCGUGCGACCCCGACAGGAGGGACUGGACAUCGAACUCCGGCAUGCUGGUGGACGCCGUCGGCUCCUGGAUCGAGCAGAUGCUUCCGGGCAAGGUCGAGACCGACAAGCCUGUGAUCAUCCAGUCAUGCAUGUACUCCAUGACCCCCGACGAGGACUUCGUGAUCGACUUCCUCGGCGGCGAGCUCGGCAAGGACGUGGUGGUGGCCGGAGGGUUUUCAGGACAUGGGUUCAAGAUGGGACCGGUGGUGGGGAGGACCCUGGCGGAGUUGGCCAUCGAUGGGGCGGCAGAUGGAGUGGAGCUGAAGCACUUCAGGUUGGGGAGGUUUACAGAAGACUCUAAUGGCAAUGCAAAGGAUUUCGACGAUCAAGUGUCCUCUCAUCUCCAUCAAUAGAGACAGAGAGAGAGAUAGCGAGAGAGGGAGCACCUGUUUCAUCCGCUGCUCAAGGUUCGGAAGUGCAAGGUUUAGUUAACUGUCUCCAUGCUCUUGCAUUCUUUACCUCUCUAGUUGUUUGCUACUUGUUGCUAGCCAACUAAAAUCUAGAUUUGAUGGCAAUUUUAGCAGCAGAUUCGUUGUCGAUGCGGAACAAAUCUAAGAACUCCAUGGAAGCAGACUGGUGAACUCUGUAGCUUGGUGGUGACUUUGUUUUCCCUUCUCUUCUGCAUGUUCUUGUCCUUGAAUUCUAAUUUGCUGAUCAAGUUUGUCUACUGAUCCUGUGUGGUUCUGUUCUGGAUGCACAUUACAUGUGCUUCUGACAUUUUAUUAGACACUAAGGUCCUUGUCUCUUUACAUUAAAUAGCAUUUACUGCUAUUUAAUGCUAAAUGUUCCGAGGGAAAGGCUUUUAGUACCAGUUGUAAGAUCUAGAUGGAUGCUAUGCAAAGGAAACACUGUGACAAAAAACAUUUGGAUACAA